CAGCCGCAUUCGUGUUUUUCCGCUUUUCCGUGGCAAGUUCACCGAUUGUGGUCUAUAUUUUGGAAAACGCAUCCGCGCAGCCUCGCAGUUGGAACGAAUACUCCGUGACGAUCGCUUCGCAAGAUUAGGCUGAUCAGACAGAUCCCAUUGGCAAACAUAAACCCAAAAGCAGCAGCAACAUGAGCAGCGUCGAUGAAGAUCUUACCCCCGAGCAGAUCGCCGUGCUCCAGAAGGCGUUCAACAGCUUCGAUCACCAGAAGACUGGCUCCAUCCCCACCGAGAUGGUCGCCGACAUCCUGCGCCUGAUGGGUCAGCCCUUCGACAAGAAGAUCCUGGAGGAACUGAUCGAGGAGGUCGAUGAGGACAAGUCCGGUCGCCUGGAAUUCGGCGAGUUCGUGCAGCUGGCUGCCAAGUUCAUCGUGGAGGAGGAUGCGGAGGCCAUGCAGAAGGAGCUGCGCGAGGCGUUCCGUUUGUACGACAAGCAGGGCAAUGGCUUCAUUCCCACCACCUGCCUGAAGGAGAUCCUCAAGGAGCUGGACGACCAGCUGACCGAGCAGGAGCUGGACAUCAUGAUCGAGGAGAUCGAUUCCGAUGGCUCCGGUACAGUGGAUUUCGAUGAAUUCAUGGAGAUGAUGACUGGCGAGUAAAUAAACGCACUGCGUCUGCCACCCACCCAACCACCACCCCCUGGAAAACACCACCCACUUUCCCCAACCACCCAGAAAAAAAACAAACACACACAUGCACACUCUACACACACACACACACAGACGCACACGCACACCUGUUGGACACACGUUUGUUUGCUCCUGUUUGCACACUUGUUUCGCUUUUUAUUUGCAUUUUGCUCCACCUUUUUUUUGUUUUUAUUUCUCGGAGCAAACAAAUCCACGUACUUCAGUUUGACAAUGCCAAACACGAGUAGAAAUAGAACUUUUGUACUACUUUUUUAUACUAAAAGAAGCAACGGAAUACUGUGUAUGCGAAAAAAUAAAUGUUAUGCCAUGGCAAAAAAAUGAAAAAAAAAAGCCCAAAACAA